GAAAAUUUAAAUUUAUUAGAAAUAAUUGAUUUGGAAAUGGAUACUUUUAAAGAUACUGAUGAUAAUCAAAUAAUAGAAAAUUCAGAUAAUGAAAAUGAAUUAAAUGAUUUUAUUCAAAAUUUAGAAAGUAAAAAAGAUUAUAAUCCAAGUGAAAUAGCACAAAUACAUUUUGAAGAUAUUGAUGAAAUUUAUUAUUAUUAA